UAUCUAUCUAUAAAAAAAGAAAAGGAAAAACGAAGAGAGAAAAGGAGAAUUAGGGUUUAGAAAUGAUAUAGCGUAAUUUAAAAAAAUAAAAUAAAAAUAAAAAUACGAUUGUAAGAGAGUUAUUUGCUUCAAGUUUCGGGUUUAGGAGGGAAAAUUUCAUAAAAUCCUCAAAUUCAGAAUUUCAAUCGGUUCAGUUCAGCUAUUCAGGACCUUCAAUACGAUCCGCCACCAUCACCACCAGAUAUAAACUCUAUUACUUGAAAUAUAUAGUAUAUUAAUAUGAGCACCACAGUGCAAAGAACUCCAAGAUCUGGUAGACAGUCAUUAUUUUUCCAGGAUUUAGCUUCCCCUGUUUCUUCCCGCCGGGGAAAGUUUCCUAGUCCAGGACAGUCAGGUGCAACUUCUUCUCUAUGGCGCGAAAACUUUGGUAAUUCAGACCUUCCUCCGCCUCCUGUUUUUACCUUGGAAGACAGAUCGGAUUUUUCUCCUGAAUCAGGCAUACUGGAUUACCAAAUAUCACCUGAGACUAAGUCAGACAACAAAACUCCUACCCAAACUCCAAAUAGAGAAUUUUCGACUCCAGCGAAAGGUAAAUCUGAGGCCAGCACAUCUUAUGCUUUAAGAGGGGUGCAGCAAAACCAACAGAGCUCACCAGGUUUGAAUUGGUGGUCACCGGCAACUGCAAAGAGUGGCGGUGAACAAGAGGAGAAAGGAAGGAGUUCCCCAGUUGAGGGUGUGGUUCAGCCUGGUGCUUUGAUUACUCUUCCUCCACCACUAGAAGUGGCAAGGCCUGAGGUCCAGAGAAAUUCCUUGCCUGCAGGGAAUCUCAACGAGGAAGAAUGGGUUACAUUAUAUGGAUUUUCUCCUUGUGACACUAAUUUGGUUUUAAGGGAGUUUGAAAAAUGUGGUGAAAUUUUGAAACAUGUUCCUGGUCCUAGAGAUGCUAACUGGAUGCACAUUUUGUAUCAGAAUCGAUCUGGUGCACAAAAAGCUCUUAACAAGAACGGUAUGCAAAUUAAUGGGGUCCUAAUUGUUGGCGUGAAACCCUUGGAUCCCAUGCAACGUCAAGCUUUGAACGAAAGGCUUAACAAUCAAGGAUUUAUGCCCUUACCUCUACCCUCUGGUAGAAACUCAGAAGCAAGCACAUCAAAAGCUCUUUCUCGACCAUAUUAUCCGCAAAAUGGAAGCUCAACUACAAGGCAGACUGGUGGUACCAUUGCUUCCCCAACAAAAUCAUUGGCGUCCAAGAUCAUGGAUUUGAUGUUUGGAGUCUAGAUUAGCUGUUCUGGUGAAUCAAACUAUAUCAUUCAUUCUGUUUUAUUAUAAGCAAUAUUUUACUCAGUUAUUCAUACCCUCUGAAGAGGGUUUGCUGUGUUUUGUUCAUUGGAUUUGAGUUGGAAUAUUUACUCUUUUGGUCGGAUUUUAUGGCAUCUUAGCAUUGCGAUGUUAUGAGUGGCUAUGAUCCGCAUUUGCUGGCCAAAUGUUAUGAGAGAUGGGAUUAUAAUAUACGGACAUAAAUGAGUCUAAAGUUGAUUUGUUUGAUUCAUGUAGUUUAUCUCA